UUGAAAACGCUGUUCACCUGAAAAUUGCCAUUUCACUAUAAAUCUACUAGAAAUUUCUUCCCUAUUUUAAAAACCUCCUAAUUCUUCAAUUAAAACUGUAACAAAAGAAUGUGUUAAGAACUUUCCUAGUGUAAUUUAUUAGGGAGGUGGUCGUAACUUUUUCGUCUCUGAAUAAUGGAUGUGAAUAGGGAUGUUUUCCAACUAAUUAGUGAUUCGUGACGAAUGUAGUGAGAAUUAUUUGCAUGAAUGACGUGAUACUGUUACAUCGAUCGUAAGCAAUGUCACUCUACCUGCUGCUGCUGGCGGGCGCGGCGCUGGCGAUGCCGCAGAAGCCCAACCUUGACGCCAUCCUCAACCGUCGCACCGACGUCUACAUCGCCGGCUUCUUCCCCUUCGGCAAGGGUGUCGAGAAUUCCAAUACUGGUCGUGGGGUGAUGCCGAGCGUGAAGCUGGCGCUGGACCACGUAAACGAGCACGACUCCGUGCUACGCAACUACCGCCUGCACAUGUGGUGGAAUGACACUGAGUGCAACGCGGCGGUGGGUGUCAAGUCGUUCUUCGACAUGAUGCACAGUGGGCCGCACAAGCUGAUGCUGUUCGGCGCCGCCUGCACCCACGUCACUGAUCCCAUCGCCAAGGCGUCCAAGCACUGGCAUCUCACGCAGCUCUCAUACGCGGACACCCACCCGAUGUUCACGAAGGAGGCGUUUCCCAACUUCUUCCGCAUCGUGCCCUCGGAGAACGCGUUCAAUCUGCCACGUAUACGCCUGCUGGAGCACUUCAACUGGACGAGGGUGGGGACCAUAUACCAGAACGAGCCGAGAUAUGCAUUGGCUCAUAACAGGCUCAUAGCAGAUUUGGAAGGAGCGCAGUUCGAUGUCGACGAAUCUCAGAGCUUCGCAACAGAAGUGAGGACGGCUCUGUCCAAACUGAAAGAGAAGGAUAUCCGCAUCAUACUUGGCAACUUCAACGAGACGUGGGCCUUGAAGAUAUUCUGUGAGGCUUAUAAGCUGGAGAUGUACGGGCGAGCAUACACAUGGCUGCUCCUGGGCACGUACAGCGAACGCUGGUGGACGCGCAAGGCGCCGUGCGCGCGCGCAGAGCUAUUGACUGCGCUUGACACGGCGCUGCUGACUGACCUCCUGCCGCUGUCCACCACGGGCGAGACCACUGUGUCAGGCAUCACUGCAAAAGACUAUCAAGUAGAAUAUGACAGACGCAGAGGAAUAGAGUACUCCAGGUUUCACGGGUAUACUUAUGAUGGUAUAUGGGCUAUGGCACUCGCCAUACAAACUGUGGCUCAUCGAGUAAAAAUCAGAUACAAAGAAAGGACUGUGCAAGACUUUCGGUACCGAGACAAAGAUUGGGAACAGUUGUUUCUUGAUGCACUUAGUAACGUUACUUUUGAAGGAGUUACUGGACCAGUGAGAUUUUAUGAUAACGAACGUAAAGCGUCGAUACUCCUCAAGCAAUUCCAAGGGGAACAGGUCGGUGAGGUGAAGGUGGGAGAGUAUUGUGCGGAGAGAGAUAAACUCGACCUGACAUCUGGAGAACCGUUUAAGUGGUUUGGGAAAAAUCCUCCAAAAGACAGAACACUGCGCCUGAUCGAGCACACCCAAGUUAACAUCACGAUUUACGUAGUUUUGGUAUCAUGCUCUGUGCUCGGCAUAUUGUUGGCUACAGGCUUCCUCGCCAUGAACAUUCAUUACAGAAAUCAGAGGUACAUAAAAAUGUCAUCGCCAUAUUUGAACAACCUCAUCAUCGUCGGCUGCAUGCUCACCUACAUGAGCGUCAUCUUCCUUGGCCUCGACUCCAGUCUCAGCAGCAUCGGUCUUUCUCAGGACAUACCGCGCGGAGCUGCGUUCCCGUAUAUUUGCACUGCGCGGGCUUGGCUUUUGAUGGCUGGCUUCAGCUUGGCUUUUGGGGCUAUGUUCUCCAAGACUUGGAGGGUCCACUCUAUAUUUACUGACGUGAAGCUAAAUAAGAAGGUCAUCAAAGAUUAUCAGCUUUUCAUGGUCGUUGGAGUUCUGCUGACUUUAGAUCUAGCUAUAAUGACUACGUGGCAAAUAUCUGAUCCAUUUUACAGAGCAACAAAGCAAAUGGAAGCUUAUCCACAUCCAACCAGUGAGGACAUAGUUAUAGUGCAAGAAAAUGAAUAUUGUCAGUCGGAACGAAUGCCAAUCUUCAUUGGCAUUAUUUACGCAUAUAAGGGGCUACUUUUGGUAUUUGGAGCAUUUCUGGCAUGGGAAACUCGCCACGUGUCAAUCCCGGCGCUAAACGACUCCAAGCACAUAGGGCUGUCUGUAUAUAAUGUGCUCAUUAUGUGCAUAAUGGGAGCCCCUAUUGCAUUGGUACUCGCAGAUCACAAAGACGCGCUCUUCGUGCUGAUUGCCAUCUUCAUUAUUUUCUGCACGACGGCUACUCUGUGCUUGGUGUUUGUGCCAAAGCUCCUGGAGCUGCGUCGAAAUGGUACGGGUGGUCCGGGUGGGUCACGUAUCCGUGCAACGUUAAGACCGGCUUCGUCACACGAAUGCCGCUCCCCAGGGCCAGAGCUGGAGCGCCGGAUGAAGGAGCUGCGACAGUAUAACACGCGGUACCGUCGCACACUCCAGGCUAAGGAGAAUGAACUACAGAUGCUGCUUAGCAAGUUAGGAAAUGAUGCUGGGUCUGAAUCAUCCAUCAGAGAUUCAAAGUCACCUGGCUCGCAAAGAACCAAGCUUCCGAUACCGAGGGAAAAUAUUAGUCAUCCAGAAACGAGUGACAUAACUUCAGUUUGCAGCCUGAGUGCAUCAGCUGGAGCUGAAACUGAAUAUAUUGGUAUGCAAGUGCAGACCACUGAUAAACCUAAACCUUCAGCACCUCCUGAACCUAUAAAGGAAGUUCCAAGGGAACCCAAGAAAGAGCAGACCAAGAACGUAUCAUUCAAGAAUCAUUUAGACUACACCAGUCCGCCAACAUCUAAAUCGAUUUCUAUAGAGAAGGAUCAAUUAGCGAAGCUUCCUUAUGGUUGGUCGACUGAGGAACCAAAUCCUCCAAAGAUUAAAUCAGAACCUGUGAAAGCUGAACCAAAGACGAUAUCAGCUCUAAAGUCCAGCGACACUCCAGCUACCAAAUCAGUGCCAGCCAAAAUUCAAGAACCAAUGUAUACCAAGCCAGCAACGCCUAAAGUUGAAAAGACUCCUGAGACAAUAAUGAGGGUUCCAAAAACUCAAGAAAAUGGGUGCCGUGAUCGUUCAAGGCAAUGGCGACCGAAUGGCGAACCUCCCACUUUAGAACGAAAAGUCAUCGGUCAAGAACGAGAUCCACCGAUCCAAAAGAAUAAACAGGAGCUUGAGGAUAUCCUUGACAUAGAUCAGGAUUACUCCUCUAUGGAGAGAAAGAAAGCUAGUCAAAGAAGAGACUCUGAGAAACGAAAAAAAGAAAACUUUAUUGUGGUACAGAGUGAUUUGUGGGACACAAACACAUUCCAAUACACUUGUCAGAAGUCCCCGCCAAGUCAUGCUCAUUCGCCUAUGCAGAGAAGUGUUUCUGAGAAAAGUCGACAGCAAUCUUCUCCUCGACAUCACAGGGAAGCUGAUAGUCGAAGUUUGGAAAGAAGAGCUUCAAAUGCAUCUAUAAAUCACGUUGGCGUCAGAGUAAGCACACCCGAAGGGUAUAGAGAUGCUGAUACUCUACGUAUGAGCGAUCGGCUAGCCAAACGACGUGGUUCAGAGUUCCCACAACCAGUAAGCACACCUCCACACCAGAGCCAUUCAAAGAGACGACAGUCAACUGCUGUCAUGAGAUCAUAUCAAGAAGAAAGAGUUGAACCUGUUGAUAUACCUCGCGUUCAAGAUACACAAAUUAAACAAGAAGCGCAAAGAAAACUUGUAAAGGAGAAGUCAAUUCAUGAACCUCCAGAAAGAAAAUCAGAAUCAGAUGUUCCUAGAGUACCCAAAGUGCAGGAUUCGCCUGUAAGAAGAAUACGACAGGAUCCAGAUACAAUAAGGGUUUCUAAAGGCCAAGAUUCUCCAACGAAGAGGCUAAAGCAAGAGGCUGAGCCUUUAAAGAGGGCAAAGGGAGGAGGUGACUCUCCAAGGUUAACACAAGCAAGCCAGGUGGUGCGACCUAACCACCAUAAAAGCAGUCCAAAUGUUGCUUCUAGGAAUAAAACAGAAUCUCCAUGUAAGCGUGAGGACCGAAAGUCUGGAACAUAUAGCAGAAGUGACUCCAAGAGACAGGACUCUGGGGACAGAAAGAUGUACACCGCAAGCUCGGAGUCGGAACUCUUCGAGUGCGCCAUCUUGCCUAUCUUCCAGAAGCUGCUGACUGAACGUCACAAAAGCCAGCCACAUGGCCUAAACCUCAGCUACGGCGUCAGCUGCCCCAAUAUAUCGAUCAAGUGUGACAUAGUUGAAUACUUAUAAAACAACUGUUCAAAUAGACCGCUCGGAAGCGUUUGAUGUCUCAAACGUUAACGUGUUGUAAAAAAUUUACUAUUAUUGUUAAGAAUUGAAUGACUAAUGUUUUGAAUUUUGAUACUUUGCGUUGUAUUUGUGACGUGAAAAAAAAAAAAACAAAAAUCUGAUUUAUUUUCGAUAAUAAUGUAAACUGUUUAAGCCAACGAAAAUUUGUUAUAAUUGUCUUUCUGAAAUCACAUUGUAAAAUUUGAUUCAAGUGUUCAAAGUUUUAGUAACACUCAAGUGUAGAAUUAAUUGGUCAUUUACUAAAUCAUUAGAAUAUAGAGGUUUAACGUAGUUUUAGCGAAAUUUCCUUAUGUUAUAAUAUGGCUUCCGCAAGGAGCAAUACCUCGACCGUUUCUGUAUAAUAUGUAUGUUUUGUUUAAAACAUAAUCAACGUAAAUAGAUUAUAAUUUAUAAUAUUAUCCUAAUUGUAAUUUAACCUAACUAGUCAGUUAAAAAAUUGUAAAUGUUGUAUUCAUGACUGUGUAAAAUAUAACAUUUAAAUCAUUUAGGUUGAUACCUCGCUGGUCGGGACUAUUGCACGAAUUACUCUGGUAAAGCACGAACGCGUUACAAGAAGCAAUUGACUUUAUCUUUAGACAAAUGAAAAUGCUUUGUCAAAUUUCUAAAGCUGUAAGCGCUCGUGUUUUUUUAAUGAUUUUGUUUUUCUAAUAACUUGCAUAUUAAUUUUGAUUUAAGUCAGGAAGGUUGAGGAGAGGAAGUUGAUGACGGUAUUUAAUUAUGUAUAUAGGUAUAACUGUGGGUAUAACAGUCUUCUGUUAAGAAUAUUUAGUAGUUUGUUUGCAUUUUUUGUUUCUAUAGCUCGAUACGAAGUUAGCAGUGACGAAAUUUCCAAAAGACCCAAAAAUUGUAAAAUGUCCUAAACUUUAAUUAAUAAGUACCUAGCUAUGCGCACAUGUCUUUUGUUUUAACGUAAGAUGUUUUCACAUUUCAUAUUAUGUGUUCAAGAAUAAUUACGGGACACAAAAUCAAAAUUUUAUUUACCUUUAACUUACCAGCUCUG